AUGAAGUACCCAAAGGGACCCGUCAACAAGGUUCACCGACUGGAGGACAAACGAGCAGACUACGACCUCGAAACCGUCCACAGCAUAAUCAACCAAUGCAUGUCUCUGCAUGUGUCCUUCGCACCGGGCGCCGAGAACGAAUUCCCGGCCGUCAUCCCCAUGACCGGCGCCAUGGGCAGUUUCGACCGCCCGAGCUCCGACAUCGACGAGCCGCUCGACUGCUACAUCCACGGCUACGUCUCGGCGCGGAUGGCCAACCUCGCCAGGGAUAAAAUCGCCCAGGGGCUGCCGGGCCUCCUCGUCUGCGUGUCGGCCGCCAAGGUGGACGGCAUCGUCCUCGCCCUCAGCUCCUUCGCGCACUCGUGCAACUACCGCUCGGCUUCUCUGUUCGGGUACGCGAGUCUGGUCACGGACGACGAGGAGAAACUGUGGGCGCUGAGGCUCAUCACCGACGGCCUCGUUGCGGGACGGUGGGAGCAAGUGCGCCAGCCUCCGUCGUCGAACGAGCUGCUGCAGACGCAGGUUCUGCGUAUCCGCGUCAAGAGCGGCAGCGCAAAGGUCCGGAUGGGACCGGUUGCGGAGGUCAAGGAAGACUUGCAAAACCCCGAAACGAGAAAGGCCGUGUGGUCGGGGUAUAUUACUUUGGUCGAGCAGCUGCUUGAACCGGUUCCGUCGAGGCAUAACCUGGUGGAGAAAGUUCCUGAUCACAUCAAGGAGUACAGAGAGGUCUUCAAUGGGGAUGCAGAGGCAUAUAACUCCGAGAUUGUUCAGCGGGUGCUGGAGGAUCCGGAAUGCAUUCCCUCCGACCGCGAGCGCAUGGCACUGUACUCAGUUCAGUACAUCGAGUCACUCGAAGCACGGGUCUCUGAUAUUCAGCAUGAAGCGGCCUUUGUAAAUCCGCGAAUAUCACUUGAUCAGCCACAUGAUGACCCUUCUCGACUCCUCCCUGAUUCCCGGAUCACCAAUGAGUUUUCCAACCCCCAAACCGCUUCUGAUCAGCUGGACAUGACAUUCGUGGCUCCUCUGGACAGCUCAAACAACAUGUUCUAUGGUCUGGACAUGAUGCCAUCAGAAGGCAACCUCUUUACUUUCAGCGAUGUGGCUAACCACGAGACGACUACGAAUUCCGUCGCGCAUAGCGAUCAGGCCAUGCCGGUAUACCUUUUGGGGCAAGAAUCUGCUCCAACACUCGCAGAGGUCUCCAUCCACGAGGGUGCUCUAUAUUUCCAGACCUAUUUCGAAGUCAUUCACCCGCGGUAUCCGUUCCUGGAUGUGGAAGAAUGCAGCAGAGGGUACCAAGACUGGAAGACGGGCGAACUCUCCAAACCGUCCAGCGAUGCCUGGAGAUCAUGCCUCAUCUUCGCCGUCGGCUCCCUUUUGCGGCAGGCACAACUCGACUGCUCCACGCCUCGGCAGCAUCACAAUUUGAUGCUCCAAGUUCAGGCCGAACAUACCAUACUGACGGAUCACUCGUAUAAGCCACUGGUUCGCCUCCAAGCAAUGCUUCUGUACGCCAUUCACGCGCUGCAUGGCGAGAGCACUCCCCGGGUAGUACACAUCCUCGGCGUGGCCAUGCGUUUCGCAGUGAUAAAAAGGUUCCACUGUCUUGUGCCUGACGGGACCGAAGAGACCGCAACGGCCAUCAAAGCUUGGUGGUGUAUCUACUCGCUAGAUAAGGUGGUCGCCAUUACACUCCGAAUCCCUCCCUAUCCUCCCGAAGACUGGAUCACGACGCCUGUAUACGUAACCGGAGUCGAGCCCCAAUACAUGAUGCCUUGGUCGUCAGAUGUGCCUGGCGCGAAUGCUGGCUCAACGUAUAAUUUUAACCUGAGCUAUUAUGCCCACAUGUGUCGCGUACGCCAGAUUCAUUCCAAGAUUCUGUCUACCACGCAAACUAUCGCCCCCGAAGCUAGAGCGGCGUUCAUAGAUGAGACUCGAGCUGAGAUUGAUCAGUGGUCACACGACGGCCAGAUUCGUGUUAAUACCGAAGGAUACGCAAGUUCCCUGGGGCUGAUGCAUGUCGCGGCCAUCACGCGGGUGAUUCUGUACAGAUUGGACCCUGCCGAUAUCAACUCCCCGUACACCGAGGAAUAUCUACAGUCUUGCUGCGACCUCGUCGGUAUAUUCCGCGCGUUGCAGAAGAAGCGCCAGAUCCCGAAACACUGGAUUGAUAUGCUAUUCACAUUCCAAGCCGGCGUAACGAUGAUUUACAUCCUCUAUCGUCGGGCCGUUCCCGGUCCCAAGAACGUCGACCGUGCCAUUCGCGACGUCACCUCGACGUUUGCGAUAUUCGCCGACCGGUCGGGGAUGGCAGAUAUCUACCGCGACUGCCUGGACGUGUUGGCAAGCUGCGUCUCGAGAUCCUGCACGCCUGGGACGAUUGAUGAGGAUUCUCGGAGGGAGAUUUCCGGCUUGGCUCAGCAGAUCAUCGAGAGCGGCACCUCCCCUGACGUUGCUGCGAUGUUGUCGGAGAUGAGCCAGGACCCGGGUGACGGCUAA